AUGUCCGACGUAAUUGUGUCCAAGGGUCAACUAGUUUCUGGGGACCCUGAAAAAAAGGGAUGGUUAUUUAAGUGGACGAACUAUUUGAAAGGAUAUCAGAGGAGAUGGUUCGUGUUGUCGAAUGGAGUGCUGUCUUAUUACAGGAACCAAGCCGAAAUGGCUCACACUUGCCGAGGAAAUAUAUCUCUUAUGGGUGCAUUGAUCCAUGCAGCGGAUUCUUGUACUUUCGUCAUCAGUAAUGGAGGCACACAGACAUUUCAUAUACGAGCCCACGACGAGGUCGAGAGGCAGAGCUGGGUCACCGCGCUAGAGCUGGCUAAAGCGAAAGCUAUACGAGCUCAAGAAUCUGAUGACGACGAAGAUGAAAUAACAUCAGGUCCAGUGGCGAUACCGGGGUCUGAUGAGAGUGAGGACCCUGGUGGCAUAGCCAGGGAACUGACUGCCAGGUUCCACGACCUAAAGACAUGUUCUGAGCUAGUAGCGAGGCAUGGGGCGGCGCUACAACGAUCAUUGGUGGAUCUAGAAAUACCACCAACAGAUACCACCAAAGAGGUCUCCGAAAGGGCCACGCUGUUCAGGAUAUCUUGUAACGCUAUGAUGAAUGCAUGUUCAGAGUUUAUGAGCGCAGCGGCAACUUCGAGUGCUCGAAUGAAUCGCGCUUUACAACACGAGCGUGACCAGAAGAUGAGGUUGCAGGAGGUUGUGGAACAGCUGGCCAGACAACACGACAACCUUGAGAAGACUGUCACCGCUAGGAGUACUCCGCACACUGGAGGGAACGGUUCUGGGCAGGGUAACGAUACUGAGGAUGAAGAUCAUGAAUUCUUCGAUGCAAUGGAAGAGGGCGUCUCCUCUGCUAUGGAUGAUAAAACUUCUUUUGUAAUUAAAGUGCCUGUAAAUAGAAAAAAUAAAGUAAAAAGUGGUGAAAGCUCCGACGAAUCAGAAGGGGAGACUGUAACUGAGACACAAAAGGUAAUUUUCGUCGAAGACAAAGAUCGUCCUGAAAACGCGAUGGGUGGAGCAGAACUUCCUGUGGUCGCCAAAGACGAGCAAGUACAGCAUGAGCCCAUCAAGAUUUGGCCCCAUGUGACUCAAGCAGUCAGCCUAGUUGACGGACACGCGCGUCGUCAGCGUGUACCAGACAAACCCAACUACCCUCUUUCACUAUGGUCCAUUAUGAAGAAUUGUAUCGGUAAGGAGCUAUCGAAGAUCCCGAUACCAGUGAACUUCAGCGAGCCUCUUUCAAUGCUUCAGCGUCUGACCGAAGACUACGAGUACUCUUCUAUACUGGACCAGGCCGCUACCUUCACUGAUCCAGCACAUCAGCUGGCUUAUGUUGCAGCGUUCACUGUUAGCUCAUACGCUAGCACUGCAUGCAGAACCACAAAGCCCUUCAAUCCGCUCCUCGGCGAGACGUUUGAAUGUGACCGCAUGGCUGACCUCGGAUGGCGUUCCAUAUCAGAACAGGUUUCCCACCAUCCGCCUAUGGUGGCGCAGUUCUGCGAGGGCGCGGCCGGCUGGCAGUGCUGGCAGGAGUUCACGAUGACCACCAAGUUCAGAGGGAAGUACCUGCAGGUGGUACCGCUGGGAGGCGCUUACGCUCACUUCACAGACUCGGGGAACAAGUACACCUGGAGAAAGGUGACGACGACGGUUCACAAUAUAAUAGUCGGCAAGCUGUGGGUGGAUAAUCACGGAGACAUGGAUAUAGUGGGCGAGGGUUCAGCCGCGGGGUACGUGGCGCACCUCAAGUACCUGCCGUACGGGUACUUCAGUAAGGACGCACAGCGUAAGGUGACCGGCGUGAUUAAGGACCCGCAGGGCGUCCCGCGGUACGUGCUGCAAGGUCACUGGGACAGCCGGGUCGAGGUCGCGCCCGUCACUUCCGCCUCCGCCGACAACACCGUCUGCAAGACCGGCAAGUUCGUGGUAGCAUGGGAACGUGUCCCCGCGCCCGCUGACUCUGAGAAAUGGUACAACUUCACGCUGCUGGCCGCUCAAUUGAACGAGCCGGAGACUGGCGUCGCGCCUACCGACUCGAGACUAAGGCCGGACCAGCGGCUCAUGGAGGAAGGGUUAUGGGACGAAGCGAACGCUGAGAAACUACGACUAGAGGAGAAACAACGCGCUGUGAGGAGACAACUUGAAGCAGAGGCGGAGGAGGCAGCGGCGAGGGGGGAGGCGGCCCCCGCACGCGCGCCCGCCUGGUUCACGCGACAGCCAGCGCCCGGACAUCCGCGUCUACCGCAUCUAUACAACGAUAGAUACUGGGACUGCAAGCGGCGGCAGGACUGGGCCGUGUGUCCGGACAUCUUCUAG